AGUCCUUCUCUCAAGAACGGGAAGCGGACGAGGCAAUGGGGCAAAAAAAAAAGAGAAUUAUUUUGAGCUGUGUUUCAGUGUUAAUUGUUUCUGAAAAUAUACGUAUGUAUUCUAACGUGUUUUUUUCCUACAGCCUUGAAGCGUUCUUCGUUUUCACGUCGGGAAAGAGAGUUUAGGGCGCUUCACGCUCGCGCUGUUGAUGACCGUGGUGCGUUCAGGGUUCACAGGGGACAGCGGGUUCAUAGACAACACCGGUCAGCCGUGACAAAUAUCUAACUUUGCUCAAUCUGUGUAUUUCCACUUUGAAUUUACUUUGACCCCUUUUCUUGUUUCUGUCAACCAGCACUUUAUUCUUUAUCUGCUCACAUGUGAGCACGCUAAAUUCAAUAAAAGGAGCCUAUCCCACUUUUGUUUUUUUCUAUUAGCUCUGGUCCAAUUCUUCCCAGGCGCAAUGUGCAUUGCAGUGUUGACAGUUGUGGUGUCAGUGAUUUGGUGGAUGUUUUUAAUGGAGAUACUUUCGUGUGUUGCGUUCUAACAACCUGCAAAGGGUUCAUUAAUGCAUGGCCAUCCUCAAAGGCGUGAGCAAAUGGUUUUUAUUAUGAGUAUUAGUGUUUUUGCAACUUCAUCCAUGAUGGAUGAGCUUAUUGUUAAUGUUAUGCUGUUGUAUUUUUUUUUUUUUUUAGUGUGGUCUUCUGGAUGAGAACAAUUUGCUCUGUGUGGGAUCAUAAAGUUUUCAUUAGCCUCGUAGAUGAUCAGCUUCUAGUGCUUCAUCCAGAACAACUCCUGGCUGGACCUGAUUAUUUUGUUAUUGGUUGAUGCGUCAAUUUAAAUGUUUUGGGAAUUGUUUUAUUUGCACUGGGGCUCUGAUCUGAUACCCUGCUGGAGAGAUGCUGUGUAAUGCGGGACUUUGAGUUACGUCAAAAGCAGAUCAAUUUAAAGCCCUCCUGCUGGUCAAGGCGCAUCGCAGGCCAAAGCUUUGAACGCUGGUUGAUGGUUGCUGUUGAUCUGCCGCCGCAGCUUAAGAUGUGUUUUUUUUGGGGGGAUGGACAGUUUUCGCAAAUACAAAUGUAGGCAUUCAGUGCAAAACUCACCGGCUGCAUCCCGUGACAUUUUACACGUACAAUGUGAUUACAGCAGUGAGCAGCCAGUUCCCAUUGGAUGCGUUGAGCACUCGUUGUUACGUUCCACACUGUUGCUUAAACCACAUGAGGAAAUUGACCUGGCUCGUACUGGCGGUUCAGAUUGUAACGCGUAUUGGAUUCACAAAUUGGCUAAGCAACAAGAAAAAAGGGAGCAGAUCAAAUAGUUGUUUUCUUUUUUUUGUUGCCCUAAAUAACUAAAUCCCCGGCUAUUUGUGGUCCAUGUUGGCAGACACGGUUCCAUUUGUUUUUGUUUAUAGCAGCUGGUCUACGAGGCGCUGUUCCUUUCAACUGCUAAACUAAGUGUAAUCCAUUAAAUUCCAAAUGUUUAAAAAAAAAAGUUUAAUUAUGAUCUAUUGGACGAUUCUAUUUUCAUUGAUGAAAACAAUCUUGUUUCUCGUAGUUUUAAUGAUGUUUCACAACGGGUCAAAAUUCCCUCUCCAUUCAUGCUGUUUUUUUGCUGUUUACAUUUUUACACACUUUAUAUGCUAAUUCAACUCUGACCAAAACUACUUUUUACGAGAUUACAUCAUAGUAACGUUACUUUAGACCACCACACACACACACACACACACACGUACACACACGCACACACACACACACAACGCAUCUGUGAUUUAUUACUUUCAUUUUCUGCUCUCCAACUAUGUCAUCUGUUCUGAACCGAGCUCUCUGCUCGGUUGAGAGGAAGAAAACAACAAGAAUGGGUCAUGUGCAUUAUUUCCAUGGCUGCGCGUCCUUACGAGCCGUGAGCGAUGCAGAAGUGUAAACGGCUGAACUUUUGUCAAACGUCCCGUUUCUAUUUAUUCCCAUCGUUCCGUUUCCUUCUCGAAGUCGUGUUCGCCGGACCUCCUCAUUUUGCUACCGAAGCGUAGACAGGCGGCGCCGUGGAGGGACCAAGUACACGGGUCCAAUCCCGGCCGAGCGAGGCGGCGAGCUGGCCAUGGGAGGAGGUCGCAGUGAGACCUCGGCGCUGAGCGAGACCGCGGGGGGGCGGGGCAUGACCACUACGCAGAACUCCCAACGGCCCAAUGCCUGCUGCUUCUGCUGGUGCUGCUGUUGCAGCUGCUCGUGGAAUGAAGAGGAGAGGCGGAGGCGGAGGAAGAGAAUAUCGCAGGACACCAAGAUGGAAACCAGACAGAACUGUGAAUCUUGCCCCAGACCGUCUGCGGAAGAGAUCCGCCUGUGGUCUCAGUCUUUCGACAAGCUGAUGAGGAACCCCGCGGGUCGGAAUGUUUUCCGAGAGUUCCUGCGGACGGAGUACAGCGAGGAGAACAUGCUGUUCUGGCUGGCCUGCGAAGACCUCAAACAAGAAAUCAACAAGAGCGCCAUUGAGGAGAAAGCGCUCUCCAUCUACGAGGACUACAUCUCCAUACUGUCGCCCAAAGAGGUGAGUCUGGACGCCCGGGUCCGAGAGGUGAUCAACAAGAAGAUGCAGAACCCGACAACUCAGUCGUUUGAAGACGCCCAGCUACAGAUCUACACGUUGAUGCACAGGGACUCCUACCCUCGAUUCCUCUCCUCCAGCAUCUACAGGUCGCUCCUUCACGGCGGCUCGCGCACCUCCUCCGAAUCCUAGUCGCGCACACUGCCGACCGCCCGGUCCGGCCUCUUCUGACACUGCAGUUACAGGACUGACGCCACGACCAUUUCAUUGCACAGAGCUUUCCAAGGAAGACCAGGCAACCGCUCGCCUUGUCGGUUUGCUUCUGAGAGCCUCCAGAUUUACUGCCGAGAAAGCCUCAACUUUUAGUAUCGUUUCCAAGACUCUUAAGGUUUGUCUCCAGUUGACUCCUCUCUAGUUUCUUCCAUUCUUUUCCCCUAGUAAACCGUAAUAUAAAUAUAGGUGGCAGGUAAUAGGUAAGCUGCCAGCAUACAUUGGAUGGAUGGAUUUGUACUUAUUUGCCCCUCAGUUGGCGGAUUAAGAGGCGGCCGUCGCUGAAAUCCGCUCGCGUUUCUUUUUGAAUCCUACAGGUCAAGUCUCUCAAGUCAAAAGGAAAAAGAUUGAUGCCCUCACAUAUUCCUUUUAUCCCUUUUUUAAAUUGUUCUCCCUUUCAACUGGAAAACACCAGUCGCUCCCUCCAUCCCCUGCUACAAACCACGAACGAAGGAUUUAUUUUCUUUUAUUAGUCGACUCAUUUCCGUCAGUCACCAGUCAUUUCACCCCUGUGAUAAACGGAUGGAUGUCACUUCCUUCCGACUACUGAUUUACAAACAGACAAGACGUCUAUUUUUUAAGAGAAAACUAUAUGGAACAUUUUAGCUGUGAUGAUUAUUGUUGGUUUUUGUUCAUUUGGUUUAUUCCAGCCCCUUCCUGCAAGAGACCGUACCGACGCGACACCAAGGACACCACAGACCACUGGGGCAAUAAACACUGGAAAACAUUCACUUGCACACACCCACACAAUUUGUGUUACUAUACGAUUGGUUAAAUGGUUAAAAAUAUGAGAAAAAAAAGUUGUGAGAGUCCAGGAGAUCCCAAAGGGAUUCGCAGGGAAGAGGUUGGGACGGGGGCGAGGGGUCGCCAAAGGUCAGGAGGGACCACAGAAGAUGAAAUGGUCUCUCUGCAACAAAGAUCAAGCUUUAAAAGUAAUAGUUGUCCUAGUAAGUAUAGUAAUACAAAUCUACACUCACACUCACCGGGGUGGCCUACCUGGGCACUGCUGCUGACCUCUGCCUCUGUGACCUCUCACCUUUGACCUCACCACUGUCUGUCACCCACUCAGAAGCCUGCUCCUGAUUGGCUCCAGGAGGUUGUUAACUGUGAUCGUUCAAUUCAGGAAGGGGGGGGUUGGGAAGAAAUCCCGGGUUCAAAAAUAUAUAAAUAUAUCCAUGAAAAACAAUUUAUAAUUAUAUGUAAAAAAUAUGUUAUGUGACGCUUACACCCAGUGCUUUGUUGGAAAUGUAGUUUGAAGAAAACACAAGGUUGUAGUUGUCUGCGGAACAACUGAUUUCAAGAAGAGGUCCUCAGAAUGCAUUCAUCUUAGUAUCGUUAUGUUAUUUAUUUUAUAUUUUGUUAAAACUGUGAUUUUAAUUGUGUAGAUCUACAGAAAGUCUUGAACAUCCGAUGAGAAGCAGCGUUGUUUGCUCAGUGUUUGUGAAUCGGUGUAUUUAUUUCAGUAACAGUAUGAGUUGUCAUGCUGAAGUCUCUUUGCCACCCUCUUCUUUCAUAUGAUAAAUGAGUUAUAAAAUAUUUUAGACUAAUAAUGUUGUCUGACUACUCCGGUCUGGUUUUUACAGCCCAAUUGCAAUUGUGUUUUUGAGUAAGAUCGGUAAAAGAUCGGAUAAAGAUAUAUUCAGCAAAUAGGUUUUAUUUGUCUGUUUGUUUUUAAAAUGCAGUAAAUGUGCAACAUCUUAACUUGCAUCCUUUUUAAAUAGACGAGGGUUCUAAACAACCGUUCGUCGUCCGAAGUGAAGCUGCAGUUUGACUCGGUGUGACCUGAAAGUGAACAUGAACUGAGCAGAAACAGUUCUAGCUGUUCACUCUGUGUGUUGACCCUCAGUUCCUAAAGGAAACCCACACACACACACAUACACCCACACCCAACCUUUGAAACAGUCCAUUUGUAGUGUGUGUGUGUGUGUGGCCGUCUGGUCUUUUUCCACAGUUCACUGUAACUUGAUAUGUUUUUGUUUGGGAGUAAUUCUCUAUGACUGACACACACAUGCACGCACGGUUUCAUGCCUCCAUAUUCACUCAAAGGAAAUUCUUUAUCUGUCCAUCAAUUCCCACCUUUCUAGUGUAGUUUCUUUAUGAUGAACGCUGGUAAUCUUUACUUCUCCUGCUUAAAGACUUGUGUUCAAGUCAAUGUG